UAGAUAGCGCUAAAGUAGUUUGCUGUUACUACGAUAUAGUACAUAUAUUUCUACUGUUUCUACUGUUUUUUCUACAAUUCUAUAACACUCAAUUCCAUACUACGAUAGAAAUGGUUCAUUAUUUUCAAUUGAGUUGAUAGCAUGGUCAUAUAAUUAAAUCCUACAUGUAUUUCUACAUGUAUUCCUACAUGUAUUCCUACAUGUAAUCCUGCAUGUAUUCUAGUCAUAACCUGUAAAGUAACAACUAAAAAAUGUGACAAAACUAAAUGUAUAUAAUACAAAAAUACUGCAAGUUGAUAUGUUAUAUGUAAUUAAUAAUUUAAGAAAUGAAUUACUAUAUUUGAACCUCGAUAUUCAUGAAUAUAAUCGUGGAAAAAAAAUAUAAUCGAGGUGCUAUAACCUAGUUCAAUCUGUUAUUGAGGCAUUAUGACGCUUACUCCGAAAGAUUUAACAAAAUUAUUGGAUAUCCUUGAAGAAGAAAACCUGGACACGAGUUUGGAAAAUCUUUGUAAUCAGUUACAUCAAAUAUUUCCAAAAGAAGAUCGAUUUAAAGUGGGAAUGACGUUGGUUCUCCUUUUACAGCAUAUAGAUUUAUUGCCAAAAAAUGUUCAACGUAUAAUAGCAGUUGCAUUGUUAUUUGACCUUUAUAGAGGAGAAACACUAGCAUCGACACCAUUUGCGUCUGUUUUUGUACAGGUUUUAAGGUCCCAAGAAGAUACGAAUAAUGGAGUACCAAAGACAAAUUUUUCAGGACACAUACCAGUUUUAUCACAAUGUGAAAAAAAUCUUUUAAUAAGUUUACUGGGAUAUAACCAAAAGGACAUUUUAAAGAAAACUCCAAGACAAAUUGUGGAUGAAUUGUAUUUUGUAUCUGUACCACCUGUUGAUUUAAGUAAUUUACAAGUACAACUAGCAGAGCGUCGUUCAGAAUUACCUUCCAUCGCCAAAUGUGGAAAUCCUGUGAUCUUACCUGAUAUGGAUCAUUCUAAAGUAACAGAGAUCGAUAAAAAUGCAACAAAAAAUAUGACAGAAGUUUUAACUGCCAAUGAUCCACCUUUAUGUAGUCAAAGUUAUCAACCUGAGUUUUUAAGAUUAGUACCUCCUCUUUAUCGUUCAGUCGAUGAAUUACCAUGGUUCAAUGUUACAGAACCAUCUCAAUUUACAAUUGAAUAUGAUACUAAUAUGUGUGUCUCAAAUUGUGCUGGUGCAGAAGCUCGCAGAUUAAUGGGCAAAGCAUUCAAAAGUGUACUGACGUUACAACAACAACAGCAUCUUGUUAAUGAAUUGGAUAGAGAUCCAAAACUGGUAUAUCAUAUUGGUCUUACUCCAGGAAAGCUACCAGAUUUGGUAGAGAAUAACCCUCUGAUUGCAAUUGAAGUUUUGUUGAAACUUAUGCAAUCGAGUCAAAUAACAGAAUAUUUUAGUGUUUUGGUAAAUAUGGAGAUGUCUCUUCAUUCAAUGGAAGUAGUCAAUAGGUUAACUACUACUGUGGAUCUACCUACAGAAUUUGUUCAUUUAUACAUUAGUAAUUGCAUUUCUACUUGUGAAACUAUAAAAGAUCGUUAUAUGCAGAAUCGUUUAGUACGUUUGGUUUGUGUUUUUCUGCAAUCCUUAAUUAGAAACAAAAUCAUAAAUGUGAAAGAACUCUUUAUUGAAGUGCAAGCAUUUUGCAUUGAAUUUAGCCGCAUUAGGGAAGCUGCAGCUCUUUUUCGCCUACUUAAACAACUUGAAUCUGGUGACAUUGGUGGAUUGAAUGCUCCACCCACUAAUAAUAAAUUGGAUAUGUGUUAACAUAGAUAAUAAUAUACUUUUUAAAUAUUUAAUAGAAAAUUAAUAGAGCUAUGAAGUUUUGUAACUAUUUUUUUAUGAAAAAAUUACAACGAAUUAAAA